UUUCGAAGAUGGAUCACGCAGUGCAGUGAGUCAAGAAAAGUGUCAGUAAACUCUUGCAAAAACGAAAUAAGUUUCAGGAUUCUUUUGUGGUUUUCUAAGUACAAUAGAACGAAUAAAUCAGUGAAUAUAGUAUCAAUUGAAAGUGUUAUCCUUGUAGAAUAGAUUUAUUGUAGAAAAAAUGGCUUUCCAAUCACCAAUGCCUAGCCAGGAAUUUCUUUGGGAUGUGUUUCAGAGAGUGGAUAAAGAUCGCAGUGGGCAUAUUUCGGCCGAUGAACUGCAGCAAGCCUUAUCAAAUGGCACCUGGAGCCCCUUCAAUCCCGAAACAGUGCGCCUAAUGAUUGGGAUGUUUGACAAGGAGAACAAGGGUACAGUGAGCUUUCAGGAUUUUGGGGCCUUGUGGAAGUACGUGACAGACUGGCAGAAUUGCUUUAGAUCCUUCGACACCGACAAUUCCGGAAACAUCGACCGAAAUGAGCUGAAGACUGCUCUAACAGCUUUUGGCUACCGCCUAUCUGACCAUUUGAUUGGGCUAUUGAUUCGGAAGUUUGAUCGAUACGGUCGUGGGACGAUUCUCUUUGAUGACUUCAUUCAGUGCUGUAUUAUUCUCUACACUCUCACAUCAUCCUUCCGGCAGUACGAUACAGACAUGGAUGGUGUCAUCACAAUCCACUACGAACAAUUCCUCAGCAUGGUGUUCAGCCUAAAGAUAUGAUUUUGUCCCUAUGUUUGAGACAUUUGCACUGGUCUGGUCCGAUUUUCUUCCACACGGAUAUUUCUCCACAACAUGAGAGUUUGCAUCAAAUGCGUCCUUUCUUCUUCUUUCCCAGAAAAUCUCUCGCCAAAAUAUGAAACACUGAUAAUACAAAUGAAAAUAAAACUGAACAUAAUUUAUUCUCUUUGUUAGAGAUCUUAUUAUAUAUAGAUGUUAGGACCACUGAAGUCAAUGGAUUGCAUAUGAAAGAUAUUUUUACAAUUUAUUAUCUGUACAUUUUUUUGUCACUAAGGAUUAAUAAAAUUUAAUUGUGUUAAAGGAACAUA